UGCGUGUGCGCGCGCGCUACUGUACGGCGAGAACGCGUUGAAAAACGCGCGCGCGGCCAGCGCACGUACGAAACGGACCAUCGUCGGAGACGUGGGCUUUUGGUGCAGCGCCAUGCCAGUAGCAGUGAUGCUGGAUCCAAACGUUUUGACGGACCUGGAGGAGUUGACGUUGUGCAGCUAUUGUAAACAAAAGUACAAUGACACAGAGCAAUGCCCCAAGUUUCUUAGCUGCAAGCACUAUUUUUGCCUGCGCUGCAUAGAGAAUAAUCUGUUGAAAGGACGCGAGCUCUUUUGUGCUCAUUGUUGGAAAAGAACAGAACUGGGUGAUCAAGGACCCGAUGCUUUACCAACAUAUUCGCCUCUCCUAGCAUUAGCCAAUAAUUUUUCUCAUCUCAAAACAACGCAGAACAAUGUUACUCAGAAGCCCAGUGAAAAAGAGAGAAAGAGCGAAAAUUGUCACACUCAUGGAAUGCCAUUGGCACUUUGGUGUGCAACAUGUUGCACAGCCCUUUGUCGAGCCUGUGCAUCACCACAAGAGCAUCCCGGUCACCAGAUUAAAUCACAAACUGAUGCUAAGGAACAACUCAUGUCUGAUGUUCAAUUGGAAUUAGCGGCAAUGGGCAAACUUUCGGCAGAGAUACAACGACUAGCAAUGCAACAACGCGACUUUCUCAUCAAGGUUCUUGAGGCUUGCGUGACUUUGAAGACCCACGUGGAAACCGAUCUCCAGAACGGCUGGAGCCACUUUCCGGAAAUUACGGACGCGCGUGAGACUCUCGGCAAGGCCAAGACCUCCCUUCAAUUGUCAGACGGUCCGGGUGAUAUUUACUCUUUGCACACUGAGCUGAUGCUUGAAAAGCAGAGGCUACAGACCAAGUACCAAGAAAUGAUGCUUCAAUGCCAGCUCGAUGAUCUCAUCGGCAAUUCCGGCGUCGUGUUCGAUUUCGCUCUGCUAAAGCAAGCGGUCGCCGGCAUUCAUUCGGGCGAGUCGCUGGUUACGCAACAGCCUGGUAACGGCGGACGUUUACCCAGUCACAUCGCAGCGUCUCAAAAUCCCAUACUUUUCCUCGCUAACUACUGCAUGUCUCAACUGUACUCGAGGCACGUAGUGAGCAAGCAGCAACACCUCCAGAAUGGCGUGUCAACGAUCGAGUAUCACAUACCCGCCCAGGUGUCUAGUGUCCACGUAGCAGCGACCGUCCCGCCUCCGCCGCCGCAGCAGCAGCCCCAACCCCAGCAGCAGCAGCAACCGCAGCCUCCGACACCGCAGCAGCAGCAAUUACUUAUAUCGCCGGGCUCGCCAUCAAUUAAGCCGACGAUAGUUCCACCGCCGCCCAACGCCAUCCUCCAACAGAACGCCGCCACGAACUUUAUGAGCCCGGGCGAUGCUACGGGCAGCAGCGGCGGCCUCGUCGCGGUCCACUCGGCCCAGCAGUCAUCCGGUCUGAGAGGGCCCUCCAACCCAUAUCCUAUGUAUUACUUUAACAUCGAAGUAAAUGGCUCGCCUCACGGCCGAAUCGUCAUCGAAGUUAGACCUGAUGCCGCGCCGAAGAUGGCCAAGAACUUCAGCGUGUUGGCGACGGGUGAAGUCGGCGUCGGCUACAAGGGCUGUACGAUCUUCCAGUGCUGGGAGGGCGAGAGUGUCAUAACCGGUGAUUUUGAGCUUAACAACGGCAGGGGCGGCAGGAGUAUCUUCGAGGACGGUUACUUUAUGCCUGAUGACACCAAAUUCCCGGCGGUGAGGGGAGCCGUUGGCAUGAGGAGAACGCAAAAGAGACACGACAACUUGGGCAUGGUAGGUUCGCAGUUUCGCAUAAUACUGCAAGAGAUGAGGGGCUUCACUGGCAUUUUCGGCCAUGUCGUCGAGGGUCUUGAUCUCGUCGAAAAAAUAUCGACCUACGGUGAUCAGACUGGCAAACCGACCAAGACGAUCCUUAUCACCAAGUGCGGUAAACUGUAACGAAGGCUCCAUGCUAACGAGGCUUUUGCCUUUUAGAGCUUUUCCUUCCUUUUUUUUAUCUAUUUUUUUUUAUUGUUUUUUUUUCUCGUAAAAUUACGACGAUACGUUUAUAAGUAAGGCGAACGGGGUGUUAAUGAUAAUAAUGAUGCUGAUUUAACGAAAAAUAAGUCGAAUAUAAUCUCGCGCGCGCGCCUGUUUGUCGAAUUAUUAUUAUCGAACGAAGAAAAAUGAGGGAACGGAGGAAAGUCCAUUUCUUUAUGAGUACGACAAUGUAAGCGAGUAUUUAAACGUUUACAAAGUCUCUAAAGAGGUUAAAAUCUAUUUUUAAAGCGUGAACGAGUUUAUCGAAAAAGGUAAAUAAAAAAAAAUGAUAUUGAGAAAAUCGGAUUAUUGAAACAAAAGACGUAAUUAUUGAGAUGACGAUAGUAGAUGAUAAAUAUCGAUAUUUUCCUAAUGAAAGCGAGUCAAGUUCUAUUGUAACGAUUUAAAGAGUAAAGAAAUUAUGCAUAUACAUAAAAACGUAUGCGCAUAUAUACGUAUAUGUACACUUAAAGUGUGGAA